UUAUUCUGCCUCACUGAGACGACACACACACUCUCUCUCUCUCUCUCUGACAGACGGACGAUAAGAUUCACCUAAAGACUAAACCACCACUUUCUCUGAGAGAGGACAGCUACAGGAGGGAGUACUGGGAGUACUGGGAGCACUACCACUUCAACCAGCUGCUGAAUCCACAGACUGAACGAGAGAUUUUAUAGAAACAAAGACUCAAAGUGAACAGACUAAAUGGCUUCCAGAUUAGAGGAAGAUCUCUGCUGUCCUGUCUGCCAUGAAGUCUUUAAAGAUCCUGUCGUUCUGUCGUGCAGCCACAGCUUCUGUAAAGACUGUCUGCGGAGCUGGUGGACAGAGAAAUCAGUCAAGGAGUGUCCAGUUUGUAAGAGAAGAUCUUCAAAGUCAGAACCAGCUUGUAACCUGGUGUUGAAGAACCUGUGUGAGGCCUUUUUACAGGAGAGAGAUCAGAGAGUUUCAGAGGCUCUCUGCAGUCUGCACUCUGAGAAACUCAAACUCUUCUGUCUGGACCAUCAGCAGCCGGUGUGUGUCAUCUGUCUGCAUUCAGAAGAACACUCCAACCACAUAAUCAGACCCAUCGAUGAAGCUGCACGACAACACAGGAAGGAACUCCAGGAAACUCUGGAGCCCUUAAAGGAGAAGUUAAAGGUUUUUGAAGAAGUUAAAGAGAAGUGUGAUGAAACAGCAAAACACAUAAAGGUCCAGGCUCGACGCACAGAGACGCAGAUUAAGGAUCAGUUUAAGAAACUUCACCAGUUUCUAGAAGAGGAAGAGGAGGCCAGGAUGGCUGCACUGAGGGAGGAAGAGGAGCAGAAGAGUCAGAGGAUGAAGGAGAAGAUGGAGGAUCUGAGCAGAGAGAUAGCAGCUCUUUCAGACACAGUCAGAGCCACAGAGGAGCAGCUGAGAGCUGAAGACGUCUCAUUCCUGAUCAACUACAAGGCUGCAGUGGAAAGAGUCCAGCAGAGCCCCCUGCUGGAGGAUCCACAGCUGCUCUCAGGAGCUCUGAUAGACGAGGCCAAACACCUGGGCAACCUGAGCUUCAACAUCUGGAACAAGAUGAAGGACGUGGUCUCCUACACGCCUCUGAUUCUGGACCCAAACACUGCUUGUGCAGGACUCAUCCUGUCUGAAGAUAUGACCAGUGUGAGACAAGGAGAGGAACAGCAGCUUCCUGAUAAUCCAGAGAGGAUGGAUGAAAGUUUCUACUACUCUGUCCUGGGCUCUGAGGGCUUUAACUCAGGGACUCACAGCUGGGAUGUCGAGGUUGGAGACAGUGCAUACUGUUCACUGGGUGUGAUAGCAGAGUCUGUCCAGAGGAAGGGAGACAUACAGUCUGGAUCAUGGAGACUGUGCUACCGAUAUGGUGAAUACUCAGCCGAGUCACCAUCAGAUCCAGACACCGAUCUCCCAUUUAAGAAGCAGCUCCAGAGGAUCAGAGUGACUCUGGACUGGAACAGAAGAAAGCUGUCGUUCUCUGAUCCUGAUACUAACACACACAUACACACCUUCACACACACUUUCACUGAGAGGAUGUUUCCAUACUUUGACACUUGUGAUGAACUCAUAAUUUCACCAGUGAAGGUCUGUGUGACUGUAAAACAGAAAUAGAUGAUGAUGAUGAACAUCUAUCAGUGUAUUUCAAGAUGUGAUGAAGUCUUUAAGGAACAUGUCACUAUGUUGUUUUGAUGAGGACGUUGAUCUAAGAGGGUGAAUUAGUGAAGGCGUGAUCCCGGGCCAGCCCCCCAAUAUGUUAGGACCGCCUACAACAAACAAAGACAAUGGGGUGUGGAAUCAUCAAUUAGUUCAGAUUAGGGGUUUCAAGAUUCUCCAAAUUCACAAAUCGAUUCAAUUUAAACUUCUUUUUUUUAACAGGGAGGGCAAUGCCACAAUAACGGCCACUAGAUGGCAGAAUGGUACUUUACAACAACAGUUUGAGUUUCUCAAAAUUGACAAAGUGCAAUUGAAUGCACCAUUAGUCUAACGAGGUGCACACCCUAACCCUUGAAUCAAAAAUGUUAACAUAGUACAAACUAACAGAAAUCAAUAACGUGUGUUGAAUGUUUUCUAUCAUUUCAAAGUUUAUUGUUCUAAAAAAUUUACUGAUUUGGUUUAUAAAAGACACAAAGCACUGAAAAUAAGCACAGCAGAGACGACAGAUGGGUCGGACCUCCGUGUUAAACUUUAUAUAUAUAUAUAUAUAUCUCAAAUUGGUUUCAAUUUUUUGCGUUUCUGACUGAGAAAAAGACAAAAAGACAGAGACAGACAGACAGAGAGGUAACAUUGCUGUCAAUGGAGAGAAGCGGGAUGAAGGGAUGAAGUGAGGGAGAAGGAGAGAGAGUCAGAUCAAUUAAUAUGCAUCGGACUCAGUGUGCAAGGGUGUCUGUGUGUGACGAAUUUUAAGCAAAGCGAUUAAAAAAAUAUAAAAUAAAUCAAUUGCAGGUAUCGUUACACAGCAGAAGUUGUGAUACUACUGGGUUAUUACGUUGGGAAACUUAAAAGGUAUCGAGUAACGAUACCAAUCCUUGGAUGUUGUCUCCAACCUGUCAUUGAGUUUGUGAUUGACAGCAGCUUUAAGUAGAUUUUGGUGGUGGGAGGGGCUAACCUUUGGUUUACCAUUAGAUUAUUGAUUAUAUAUUUCUGUACAACUUGAUCCUCAUUGAGUUUAUUGUAAAGUGUUUAUUUUACAUCAUCUGUUCACUGUAAUCCAUCCUAUGUUUCUGUGUGGCUGAAAACGAGAUAUGCUCAUGCUUAUUCUCCUCUUAUUUUGAAAGUGCUGUAAAAUCCUAAUGACUACAAAACAUACAUUUUGUGCCAAUAAAAAGUGAUUAAUCUGA